AUGGUCACCAUAAACGACUGCACUGAGUUACCGGGGCCGAUCCAUUCAAAUGGCCUGUGGAACACCAUUCAGGCUGGGGCAAUGCCGUACGCGUUGCCAUUGCUUGAGCUGCAGAUGGUUUUCAUUUUCGCCAUCGUCCAAGCCGCCCAUCACCUUCUUAAGCGUUUUGGAAUCCCCAGGUUCACCACACAACUUCUUGUUGGCUUGGUGCUGGGUCCCUCUCUUCUAGGACGCUUUGGAAUAUUCAAAAAUGUUCUGUUUUCCAUCAAAAGUCAAGAAACACUUGGUUUGCUAUCUGUCUGGAGUUACAUACUGUUUAUGUUUCUGAGUGGGGUGAAAAUGGAUUUAGGGAUGAUAAAUAGAACCGGAAGAAAAGCCUUGUAUACCGGUGUUGCAUGCAUAUUGUUGCCUUUAGUAGUUGGCUUGUCAACCCAACUAAGACUUAGUAGAUAUUAUAAGCUAGAUGAAGAUGAAGCAACUAUACUUCCGUAUGUAACAGCAAUACAUUGUCUAACUCCAUUUCCGGUCCUUGUUUGGCUUCUUGAGGACCUCCAAAUCCUGAAUUCUGAGCUGGGUCGAUUAAGCCUAUCUACGGCAUUGGUAAGCGAUACCUUAAGCGUGUUCCUUCUCUUGGUUUCUGGCUUGACUGGUAUUGAAAGGAAAAAAGGUAGGGUGGUCGCCGCGAUAGAUUCAGUAUCAAUCAUUAUCCAUGUUAUUGUCAUUGUAUUUGCAAUUCGACCAACAAUGUUUUGGGUGAUCAGGCAGACACCGGAAGGCAGACCUAUCAAAGACACAUACAUUCAUGCCAUCAUCCUAGUGGUCCUUGGCUCCGCAUAUCUUUCGCAUUUAUAUGGUCAAACUUUAGUUGUUGGACCUUUCUUUUUAGGUUUGGCAAUACCAGAUGGACCGCCUUUAGGAUCAGCCAUUGUCAACAAGUUCAACUCCUUUGUUCGGGAUGUGUUUCUGCCAAUCUUAGUGACUACUUGUGGGAUGAGGAUAGAUCUGAGUUUAAUCAAAUUCGAUUAUAGUUACACCAGAGUCAAUGGAAUCCUCAUUGUUUUGACUUUUGUGGUCAAAAUUGUGGCUUCUUUGGUUCCUCCCUUGCUCUCCAAAAUGCCCUUCAAUGAUGCUCUGACACUGGCUCUAUUAUUGAGUUGCAAAGGCGUAGUCCAAAUCUUUUUCUAUGCAUUUCUCAAAGAUAACGAGACUAUGGCAAACCAGACUUAUGCUUUGGCAUGUGUUAGCGUCCUUUUGACUGCAAUUUUCGUGCCACUCCUAGUGAAGUACCUGUACCAUCCUUCAAGAAAAUAUGCAGGUUACCAGAAAAGGGAUAUUAUGCAUUGCAAACGCAAUGCAGAGCUUAGAAUCCUAGCGUGCAUUCACAGGCAAGAUGAGAUUAUUGCUAUAACGAAACUAUUGGAAGUCUCAUGCCCAUCUAGUGAAAGGCCCCUUGCAAUUUAUGUGCUUCACCUUAUCGAGUUAAUUGGCCGAGCUUCUCCUAUUUUUAUUUCCCACCAAAUGCAGAAAAAGACUAUGUCCAAUAGUAGUUCCUAUUCGGAGAAUAUCAUUCUCGCCUUGAAUCAAUUUAAACAAGGCAAUGAUAAAGGUGUGGUAUCAGUAAACGUCUUCACAGCAAUCUCUCCGCCCAAGUUCAUGCAUGAAGACAUAUGCAUCCUUGGAUUGGACAAACUCACAUCUCUCAUAAUACUCCCAUUCCACCGAAAAUGGUCUAUUGGCGGUUCUAUUGAAUCGGAGGACAAUACCAUAAGGACCUUAAAUUGCAGUGUGCUUGAACUAGCCCCCUGCUCUGUUGGGAUCCUCAUUGACCGUGGUCAUUUAGGCCGCUCAAUUGUUUCAUCAGAAUCAUCGUAUUCUAUUGCUAUGAUCUUUUUAGGAGGUAACGAUGAUCGAGAGGCAUUGACUUUUGCCAAACGCAUGGCCAAUGACUCGAAUAUCACCCUAACUGUGGUUCAAUUUGUUGCCGUUGAUGGUGACGUUGAUUCCCGCUGGGACAAAUUGCUUGACAAUGAGAUACUAAAGGAUGUUAAACUUAACAAUGUGGGUGAUGAAUAUGUGAUAUUCCUAGAGGAGAUGGUGAAAGAUGGGCCUCAGACAGCAUUGAUAGUUCGGUCUAUGGUGGACGAGUAUGACCUUAUUAUUGUUGGUAGACGGCAUAACCUAGAGUCUUCACAGACAUCCGGGCUUGCAGAAUGGAGUGAAUUUUCAGAGCUAGGGAUUAUUGGAGACUUGCUCGCCUCAUCAGAUCUUGACAGCAGCAGCAUGGCUGGAAACAAUGGUAAUACAAGCCGUGGCGUGAUCACCAUAAAAGAAUGUAUUGAGUUGCCCGCCACCGUCCAUUCACAAGGCCUGUGGAACUACAUCUAUAGUGGGCCUAUGCCGUCUACGCCACUGAUUGAGCUGGUGAUGAUUGUUAUUUUCACCAUCACCCAAGCCUCCCAUUUCCUUCUUAAGCGUUUUGGAGUCCCCAAGUUUACCACACAACUUCUUUCAAUUUGA